CACCAGCAUUUUUUCCAGACUGGUGCAAGUCGACAGGGGCUGACCAGGACUCCAGAGCUGUUGUUCAGCUGGAAUCUCAGCGAUCUUUCCCCAUGCUGGAGAGUGCAGAGCUGCACUUCAACGUGGACCAUGGCUAUCUGGAGGGCCUGGUGCGAGGGUUGAAGGCCAGCCUUCUGACCCAGCAGGACUAUGUCAACCUGGUCCAAUGUGAGACACUGGAAGAUCUGAAAAUUCAUCUCCAGACCACUGAUUAUGGCAACUUCUUGGCUAAUGAGACAAAUCCUCUUACUGUUUCCAAAAUUGACACAGAGAUGAGGAAAAAGCUGUGCAAAGAAUUUGACUAUUUCCGGAAUCAUUCCCUGGAGCCCCUCAGCACCUUCCUUACCUACAUGACGUGCAGUUACAUGAUAGACAAUGUGAUUUUACUGAUGAAUGGUGCAUUACAAAAAAAAUCCGUGAAAGAAAUUCUGGCAAAGUGCCACCCACUGGGCAGUUUUACAGAAAUGGAAGCAGUCAACAUCGCAGAGACCAUUUCAGAUCUCUUCAACGCAGUUCUGGUUGAAACUCCAUUAGCUCCAUUCUUUCAAGACUGUAUGUCUGAAAAUACUCUAGACGAACUGAAUGUUGAAUUACUGCGCAAUAAACUAUAUAAGUCUUACCUUGAAUCAUUCUAUAAAUUCUGUAAGAAUCAUGGUGAUGUCACAGCAGAAGUUAUGUGUCCCAUACUUGAGUUUGAGGCUGACCGCAGAGCCUUCAUUAUCACCCUUAACUCCUUUGGGACUGAAUUGAGCAAAGAAGACAGGGAGACCCUCUACCCCACCUGUGGCAGGCUCUAUCCUGAGGGCUUGCGCUUGUUGACCCAAGCUGAAGACUUUGAUCAGAUGAAGACAGUAGCGGAUCAUUAUGGAGUGUACAAACCUGUAUUCGAGACUGUAGGUGGCCAUGGAGGAAAGACACUGGAAGAUGUGUUUUAUGAGCAUGAGGUACAAAUGAAUGUCCUGGCAUUCAACAGGCAAUUCCACUAUGGAGUGUUUUAUGCGUAUGUAAAGCUGAAGGAACAAGAAAUGAGAAAUAUUGUGUGGAUAGCAGAAUGCAUUUCCCAGAGACAUCGAACAAAAAUCAACAGCUACAUCCCAAUUUUAUAAGCUGAUGGGAAAGUCCCAAAUGCAGAAAAAUCAUGAAUGUUAAAAGGAAGCUAUUAAGGAAAAUUAAAGAAAUUAUACUACAUUAUCUAGAUAACAUAAAAGUAAGCCAGGUUGGACCUUUGUAAAAUCCAUUAAACUAACCCUGAAACCACCCUGAAA